GUAGUAUUCUGCCGACAGUACCCACUGGUUGUUCCGACCCGAUGCAGUCCGCGUCUGCCAUUCGAUCAACGCUACUAUUUAUUGAAAGUAUAGUCCCCGCGCAUUGGGAAAAAAAGGUGAUCCUUUACGUUGACAACAGUGCUUUUGUGCGCGAGGGCGUGUUUCUUUCCUCUGUCCCCCACCAUUACUCGUUAAUAAGAUACACUAUGUCAGAUCGAGAGUUCAGUGCGAACGAUGACCUGUCGCUUCCCAAAGCGACGGUCCAAAAAAUUAUCACCGAGAUUCUACCCCCUUCUUCCGGCCAGACAUUUUCCAAAGAUGCCCGCGAUCUCCUCAUGGAAUGCUGCGUCGAAUUCAUCACUUUGAUCUCCUCUGAAGCCAAUGACAUCAGCGAGAAAGAGGCCAAGAAAACAAUCGCCUGUGAACAUGUAGAGCGGGCUCUACGUGAUCUUGGCUUUGGAGAUUAUGUCCCGGAGGUACUGGCUGUGGCGGAGGAGCACAAGGAGCAGUUGAAGUCGCGAGAAAAGAAGCAAAGUAAGAUGGAACAGAGUGGACUGUCGGAGGAAGAGUUGUUACGACAGCAACAGGAGCUGUUUCGCUCGGCUACUGAGAAGUACCAUGCUGCCCCGGAGUAAAGGUCCAGGUUGCAGAUACGAAAAUGCAAUGCGAUUUGACUCUUGCUGGUCAUAGAGGGAACGGAUUCGGAGUUUUGCCUUUCGGACGACGAAAUCUCGGAGUUUAGGUUGUCUGGGAUUGAAACUAUGGUUUCUGACAGGGUCGGCUGGUUUCAUGAUUUUCUUAUUUUCUUCAGUAUCGUUGCAUGAAUUACUCGAAUUUUUCUUUCAAAUACAGAAUACUUUUACGAACGCAAUGGCAAUUGUGUAUGGGUUGUCAUCUUGAGAUAUCAGUGAUACUUAUUUUCUUUCUUAAUUUUCUGCGGUGAACUGAAAGUGAGUUAUUUACUCUGGUUUCUAUUAAUAGGUCACCAUAACUAUGCUAUGGCAUAUUUUUUGUGCGACAACGGAUAGUCUGAGUAGUAAGAGUAAUAUGGGUGAAUUAAUGGUUUGAGAAGAAUAAUGUCACACAUGAUUACUGGUGAUACUAUUCGGUCAUCAAAGACAUAUAUUAGUACAUGUUGCCUAGAGCCAC